GAUCACCUGGGUAUAUGCGCUUCCCACUCUGACUCUCUUCGUCUCCCGUGCCCGUCUUUUCGCGAUAUCGGUCGACACACACCCUUACUGUACGUUCACUAUUAUUGACGACGACGGAGGCACUGAGCGAGAACUAUCUCUGUUGCCCAGGCUGUGCCAAGAUCAUCUUCGGUGACUUGGAAGCGCCUUGGUAACUCAUCCUGCGCAGCCUGAACGCACACAGCUCUUCUCCAUCCAACGCCUCGUUUCCUCGGUAGAAUCAACCUCCAUUAGUACCCACAAGUUAUCCUCCAACUUUGUGUUAUUCUGGACGAUAUCUAGAGAUCUGUAAAGAUGAAGGGUAUCGGCAAAGCGUUCGCUCGUACGCCACACUUGAUCACCACUAAGGUGGGGAUGUCAAAGAAGUCUUCCGAUCCAGAAUUCGACGACUAUGCCCGCCGGUUUGCUGCGAUCGAAGGCGCAACUGACAAGCUCCUGAAAGAUACCAAAGCCUUCACGGAAGGCGUUGGCAACCUCUUCACACAUGGUUCUGGAUUUGCGACUCACUUCGCCAUCUUGUUUCGUCCCGUGUCGGGCGAACUUGACUUGUUGGGCAAACAUCCUGAAGCUGACCAUACGAUCAAGAACGUCGAUGCUUAUGAGGGCGCGUUGGAGGAGCUGAAAGCUGCAAUAGUGCCGGAGUUGGAGUUGAUCGAGAGUAGAAUCCUUGGACCAAUCAAGGAACUACAGGGAGUCUUGAAAUCAAUCAGGAAGAGUAUCACGAAGCGUGAUCAUAAGCUGACAGACUACGAUCGAUUCAAUAACUCGUUGACGAAGCUCAGGGACAAGAAGGAGAAGAGCUUGAGCGACGAGAAGCACUUAUUCAAGCUGGAACAAGAUUUCGAAGUCGCUACCAACGAGUACGACUACAUCAACACAACCAUGAAGACUGAACUUCCGAGGUUCAUGAUGAUGGCGACUCAAUUCAUUGAUCCGUUAUUCCAUUCGUUCUUCUACAUGCAGUUGAACAUCUUUUACCUCCUGCUCGAGAAACUGAGCGGUUUCGCAGAAGGCCGGUAUGACGUCGCCGUACCCGCCAGUCAGAUUGCAGCAGAGUACGAAGAGAAGCGAACCGAUGCUUGGGCGAAGAUCGAAGAGCUCAACAUUUCGAAGCGCAUGAUCAGCACGUCCAAAUUCGUGCAAUCCCAGCGUGCAGCCACAGGUGGAUCCAACUUGGGCCGAUCCACCAGUGCGACCCCUUCAACCGCGAGCCGCCUGGCGGCACCACCUUCCCGCUCACCAUCUUCUGCAUCGUCAUUCACUAAGAAGUCCCCACCACCACCGCCUACGUUUACCGCACCUCCGCCACCGUAUAGCACCGCCCCCUCUGCUGUUUCCCCUGCGGGAUCUACCACAAGCUUUGGAGCAGCAAAGAGAGGUCCCCCUCCGCCUCCUCCACUUAAACCCAAGCCCAAGCCUGCUGCGGAACACGUAGUGGCACUGUACGAUUUCGAAGCUCAGGCGGACGGUGAUUUGGAUUUCAAGGCUGGCGAUAGGAUUGAGAUCGUUGAGAAGAGUGAGAGUACGGAGGAUUGGUGGACGGGGAAGUUGAAUGGGAGGCAAGGCGUGUUCCCUGGUAAUUACGUCCAAUCUGCAUAGUUCUGAUCUAAUCCUGGAUUGCGCUGUUGCGGAACUGGUGUCUUUUCUACUUCGACAUUCAAAGAUAUUUAUCCACAUUCGUAGUACACGGAAGAUAAUAAUAUGUGUGCAUAGGGUUUGACGGGAAUGGAAGAAUAACACGGUACUCAGUCACCCGUCGUUCAUUUCUUGAAGAAUGGUCAAGCAAAAGGUUCUGCCUCUGACAGAAAUGCAUUCAACGCAGGUAUGUAGUAUGUACAAUAGUAGGGAGGAGUGCGCGCAUCCAGACGAUAGUGAUAAAUACCAAAAGGUGAAUCGUGUAAAUUCCAUGAUACCCUAUAUCGAGUGAAGGAACGAAAAUCAGUGUCCCACAGUUAAAGCGCCACCAAAACAUUAGACGUAAGACUCCUUGCUCCUCAAUUGAGAGUUCGAUCCAGCCCUGAAUGUGAUCAGAGACGUAUCGCCAUUUCUAU